AUGCCGCGAAAGUAUGUGCCCAUCACGGCAUUGUUGGACGAUUUCUCGUUAGACGAGGAGCCUGGUGGUUUGGGGGCUCCUAAAAGAGCGGAUCUUGCCAAGGGCGGGACUCAAACGCCAAGAGCAUCUCGCCACCGCCUCAAACGGCCAGAGCGUCGCCAAUUGAGCUCGCAGCAAUACAUUAAUAUGACGUGCCGGUUUGUUCUGAAGCCAGGCACGGUUUUCCCGCUUCCGGACGAAGUCGUUGACUUUGAAUCGGUGCUGAGAGCCGUCGCCGCUCCCGCAGGCUGUCCGAUCUGUUUGGAAACUGCCGUUGUGCCUCGUAUGUUGUCCUGUGGUCACAUCAUGUGUUUGCCAUGCUUUUUCCGCUUUUUAAAGUACUCGGAGGAGCACGUUUGCCCGGUGUGUGGUGAGCCUACGCCGCGUGCGGUUACCAACGUGAGCUUCCUUCCGGCCGAUCCACGAUUCCUACCUCAGCUAGAUCAUGAGGUGGUCUUGAAUUUGGUGUCUAAACCUCUUUCUGGGUUCCCGCGCCCAGUAGGUGAAGCUUUAAGCUCCGAGGUCGAGGACCAGUUACGGUAUUCCCGGCUUGUUUACGGAACUGAGGCGUACUGUGCCAAAGAAUCGACAAGAGAGAUUCAAGAACUGGAGGAUCUCAUGUCUGAGAACGUUGAAGAGGGCUAUGCUCAAGCGCUGGCAGCUUGUAAGGCAGAUUUGGCGUCGGCCAGCAAAACCUCUAAACCCCCGGCUCCGCCGGCUGGCAAACCAUCAUACUUUUACUAUCAGACGGCCUUUGAAUCCCCAACUACCUACGUGUUGUCGCCCUUGGAUAUCACAGUCUUGAAAGCAUGUUUUGGCGAGUACUCUGAUUUCCCCUCAUUGCUGAUUGCCAAAGUGGACAACAUUAUCCACAAGACAGUCGAUAACGACAUCCGAAAGCGGAUGAAGUUUCUAGGUCACAUCCCCACUGAUGCACCUCUUGUGUUGCUAGAGUGCGAUUGGCGGGGCGUGCUGCCUGCGGAGGUUGUUUCAAAGUUCGGCAAGCAGCUUUCUGAGCGACGCAAACGCCGAAAAACUCGAGACCGCAUUGACAACAAGCGCCGUCAGAAGGCUGAGCAGGAGAGUGAUUCUCGCAUGCGUGCCGAAGUGCUUGUCGAAACGAGUCCGCCCGAGCCGGCAAACAUUAAUCUCACUGAGCUGCCUAGUCUGGGGGCUCGCCCGGCUCCUCCUCCGCGAACAGCCAAGUGGGUAGACUCGCAGGCCGAGUUUGAUGAAAUGAUGGCCAACGCGUACGUCACAAAACGGGGCAGACGCAAGAUUGUCCUGUCUUCGAAUCACUAA